GCUUUUUCUUUAUUUCAAUUUCUCUGACGAUUAUUUCUAGAAUUCUAUUCGUCACAAUUUAUCUUUAAAUAAAAGCUUUGUCCGUGUUCCGCGUCCGAUUAACGAACCUGGCAAGGGCUCAUAUUGGCAAGUGGAUUACCGUGCGGUUGCAGAAUCAGAUUCAAGAACUAAAAUAACCAUGCGUAACCGUGGUAGUCGUUCCGGUAGUGACCCCGCCAAGGCGCCUCCUUACCAUCUACCUGACGAUCACUACCAUCAGCGUUUUAAUCGUGAUACACGCUCACUAUCGCUUGAUUCUAACAUGAGUACAAAAUUGGCUAUCUCCGCGGGUAGCAACAGCAGCAGUAGUAGUCCAGCAACGAAUAUGCCAUUCUAUCCAGCUCCUUUCAGUGCCUUUGCCGUUGGUUACGAUAAUCGACACUUUGGUCACCACCACCAUCAUCAUCAUCAUCACAGACACAGUGUAGAUUUCACCAGAAGCCCAUACUUGACUAAUUAUGAAAUGUAUACCACUCCUCAGCCGGUGGACAGUCCAUAUUCUUCUCAUCCUCAUCAUAUCCAUAGAAUUCAAUCCGCAUCCAGUUUGCCUAAAAGUAACGCGACGGCACCACCAACACCUUCUUCUAGCGGGCCAUUUUAUGAUUCAAAUAAUAGUAACACACAAUACAUCUAUUCAAACACAGUAGUGCAGCAAAGGCAUCAACAGCACCCUUCGAGUCCAAUAAAAAAGGAGCCGACUGAUGGCUGCUCUACUCCUCAACCUACUUGCAAUAAGCCAUCAUCUACCAUAAAAAACGACGGAUACGAGCCAUGGAUGUAAUUAUGGAGCUUUCCUUCUUUUUUUCUUUCUUUCUUUCUUCCUUUUAGGCAUAUGAUAUUAUAUAUAUAUAAUUGUCAUUUUAUAUUCCCCCUCUUCCCCCACACACACAAGCGCGCGCACACGCAAACGCACACACAUAUAAACAUGUUUAUUUCAAUAAAGUUGCUAUUUUUUAAAGCUUGUUUUCUCUUUUGUUAUGUAGUUCAUGAA